UCCGUAAACACCAGCACAUGUUAUAAUAUUUAGAACGAACAAUAAAUAUAUACUUUUAAUUCCUACAACAUUCAUGCAAAUAAAAAUUUUGAUUCGUAUUUCUUUAAUAUCGUAGCGUACAGAUGCCGAUUUCACCACAGGAUUGUAAUUAUUAUCAAUUUUUAUAGACAAAAACUUAAUUUAGCCCAGCGGAUUGCGGCUUUUACGGCUUCCUGUGCUCUGACGUCACAUGAGCGCCAUCUUGUAGUAACUAGGGUGUGCCGAGAAAAUCGGUAGAGUCGUGAAGGGUAAAAAGUGACCGACUAAAGAUCGGUGACAUCUUCAGAACUUCAGUAUGUCGCUCUCGUUGAAAGUGAGCGUUGUCGAGAAGAAUGUCGUCAAAACGAUGCAAUUCGAUCCCUCUACAAUCGUUUACGAUGCCUGCAGGAUAAUAAGGGAAAAAAUCGUAGAAGGAGGCGAAUCUGGAUUAGGAGAAUCAAAAAAUUAUGGCCUGUUUUUGGCUGAUGAAGAUCCAAAAAAAGGAGUAUGGUUAGAACCUGGGAGGUCCCUUGAAUAUUAUCUUCUUCGAAAUGGAGAUCUUCUAGAAUAUAAGAGAAAAAUGAGAACUUUACGAGUAAGAAUGUUGGAUGGUACUGUAAAAACUGUUCUUGUAGAUGACAGCCAAGUUGUUGCCAAUUUAAUGGUAGUUAUAUGCACAAAAAUAGGUAUCACCAAUCAUGAUGAAUUCUCACUAAUCCGGGAAUUUCCGGAUGAAAAUAAAGAACCAAAUACAGGCACUUUGACCCUUAAAAAGGAUAAAAAAGAUAAGGACAAAGACCAAAAGAUGGAACAGUUAAAAAAGAAAUUAAAAACAGAUGAUGACUUAAACUGGGUUGAUCAUUCUAAAACUCUGAGGGAACAAGGAAUAGAUGAAGAAGAAACACUAUUGUUGCGACGGAAGUUCUUUUUCUCUGACCAAAAUGUUGAUUCCAGAGAUCCAGUACAGUUAAAUUUACUAUAUGUGCAGGCUAGAGAUGCUAUUAUAAAUGGAACUCAUCCUGUUACUGUUGAGCAAGCAUCUCAGUUUGCUGGUAUACAAUGUCAGAUACAGUUUGGAGAUCAUGUAGAGACCAAACAUAAACCAGGAUUUUUAGAUUUAAAAGAAUUUUUACCCAAAGAUUAUGCAAAAAUGAAAGGAAUUGAAAAGCGUGUUUUUGCAGAACACAAGAAAUUUAUUGGACUUUCUGAAUUAGAAGCAAAAGUAAAAUAUGUAUCUUUGGCCAGAUCUCUGAAAACGUAUGGAGUUGCAUUCUUUUUAGUUAAGGAAAAAAUGAAAGGAAAAAACAAGCUUGUGCCACGAUUGCUAGGAGUUACCAAAGAUAGUGUCUUGCGUCUUGACGAGAAAACGAAAGAGAUUCUAAAAACUUGGCCUUUGACUACAGUAAGAAGAUGGGCAGCCUCGCCUAACAGUUUUACUCUUGAUUUUGGAGAUUAUUCAGAUUCUUAUUAUUCUGUCCAGACACCAGAAGGGGAGCAAAUAUCUCAGUUGAUUGGUGGCUACAUUGAUAUUAUUUUAAAAAGAAAACAAGCAAAAGAUCACUUUGGUAUUGAAGGAGAUGAAGGAUCUACUAUGGUUGAAGACAAUGUAUCUGCUGCAAAGGCUACUAUUUUACAGCAUCAACCACCUGCCAAAGUAUCACAUGGUAACUCUGUAUCUGUAGUUGUUCCUGCUGUGAUGCGAGCUGCUGAAAAUGGAGCACGGCAGUACAACACUGGUCAAACUCCUAGUGCUCAAUUUACUGAAACAAAAGGACAAGCCCAUAGUGCCUAUGCUGCUGUACAGCCUCAGCAUCCAAAAAUCCAACAGACUAUGUCUGAGCCUCAAAGGGCAUUAUUGAGUACUAUAAGUGCUGGUCGAAGUGCAGUAGAAAAUGCACAAAAUGAUCUCUCUGUAAGAGUUAGAUUCCAAGAAUUAGGAAAUGAUCCAGCUUCUUUGCAAUGGAAACAGGAUCAAAUGGAUGUAAAGAAACAAAAUGUAUCAUCUCAGUUAGCUGCUAUGAAUGCUGCUACAGCACAGGUUAUAACUUUAACAUCAGGUCCUCCUGAAGAAGUAGAUCAUCCAGCAUUUGGAGCUGCUGUUACAACUAUUGCAACAAAUUUGACUGAAAUGUCCAAAGAUGUGAAAGUUAUAGCAGCUCUUAUGGAUGAUGAAUCACAAGGGGAGAAUCUUCUUGAUGCAGCUCGAAAUUUGUGUUCAGCCUUUUAUGAUCUUCUGAAAGCUGCAGAACCAGAAACUAAAGAACCACGUCAAAAUUUGUUGAAUGCUGCCAGCAGAGUUGGUGAAGCUAGUCAUGCUGUUCUGAGAAAUAUUGGUGAGGAAGAUGCUAUCGACAAAGAGAUACAGGAUAUUUUAUUGGGUCUUGCCAAACGUGUUGCCAAUGCUACUGCCAAUUUAGUCCUUAAGUCAAAAAAUGUAGCAAGUAAGUGUGAUGAUCCUGUACAACAGAAUCGUGUGAUAACUGCAGCUACACAGUGUGCCUUAACAACAUCUCAGCUUGUAGCUUGUGCAAAGGUUGUUGCCCCAACAAUUUCUAAUCCAACUUGUCAACAACAACUUAUUGAAGCAGCCAAAGAAGUCUCUAGAGCAGUAGAAGGAAUUAACAAAGUUUGCAAUGAAGCAACUAAAGAUGAAAACCUAUUAAAUGAUAUGGGCCAGGCUAGUGUUCAAGUGGAAGAUGCCUUGGCUGACCUUGUGAAUCAUAUCAAGACAGCAUCCAAACAAAGAGCUCAGGCUUCUGUUCAUGAUGGAGCAGUGGAUACUAUCUUGGAUGCCACAGAUCGUUUGUUUAGCAGCACUGGUGAUGCAGGAGAGAUGGUGCGACAAGCCAAAAUCCUGGCAACUGCUACAGCCACUCUUAUCCAAGCAAUAAAAGGUGAAGCCAGCUCUCAAACUGAUUCUGAUAUUCAAAAGCGUUUGCUUGCAGCAGCAAAAAUGCUUGCAGAUGCGACAGCAAAAAUGGUGGAAGCAGCUAAGGGAUGUGCAUCAAAUCCACAUGAUUCUGCUUCUCAAGCCGCUCUUCAAAAGGCUGCUGAAGACUUAAGAAGUGCUACUAAUGCUGCUGCAAAUAAUGCUCUCAAAAGAAAACUUAUAAGAAGAUUGGAGCAAGCUGCCAAACACACAGCUGCUAUGUCUACACAGAAUAUUGCUGCUGCUCAAGGUGCUAGAUUAUAUAAUCAGAAUCCUAAUAGUCAGGAAGAACUUUUGGAGAGUUGCAAAGAAGUUGCUGAUGCCAUACCAAAAUUAGUACAAGGUGUUAAAAGUACUGUUGCAGAUGUUGAUAAUCCUUCAUCUCAGCUGUCUUUAAUAAGUUCAUGUGAAGCUAUGCUUCAGCCUGGUAAUAGAAUGGUUUCUGCAUCUAAAGCAGCCCUUCCUACUAUCACUGAUCAAUCAACAAGUCUCCAACUUAGCAAUGCUACUAAACAAAUGAUUAAUGCCCUUACUGAAUUGAGAACUGCUUUGAUAAAGGCACAAGAAGCUUGUGGAAGCCUGGAGCUGGAAAAUGCUUUAGAUCUUAUACGAAGCUUAGAUGAUGAACUUAUAGCAUUCAGAAAAGCUGCCGAGAACAUGGAAUUGAAACCUCUUCCUGGUGAAACGAUGGAAAAUUCUGCUCUGCAGUUGGGAGCCAUCUCUAAAGUUGUUGGAUCUUCAAUGGCCCAAUUACUUACUGCUGCUUCUCAGGGUAAUGAAAAUUACACUGGGAUUGCUGCUCGUGAUACUGGAAGUGCUCUUAAAAUACUUACCAAAGCUGUACGUGGAGUUGCAGCAACAAGCAAUGAUCCUGAAGUGCAAACAAAGAUUAUUGAUAAUGCAAGAGAUGUGUUGGAUAAAUCUACAUUAUUGAUUCAAGAAUCCCAGAGAGCUAUGAAUAAUCCAAGUAACCCUGACAUUCAACAGAGACUAACUCAAGUUGCCAAGUCUGUGUCAACUGCUCUUAAUAACUGUGUCAACUGUUUACCUGGUCAGAAAGAUGUAGAUGAUGCAAUCAAAAGUAUUACAGAAAGCAGUCAAAUCCUAAAUUCUCGUGAUUUCCCUGAAACAAAUAAAUCGUAUGGUGAAUUGCAAAGUAACCUGAGUAAUGCUGCUGCAAACCUGAAUGUUGCUGCUUCUGAUGUAGUUGCCUCUUCCAAAGGUUCUCCUGCACAACUUGCCACUUCUUCCAAAAAAUUUGGAAGGGCAUUCAAUGAGCUUAUGGAUUCUGGUGUUGAGAUGAUUGGUGGAACGAAAGAUACUGAAAUACGUGGAUCUAUGGUUGUGAGCCUAAAAAAUGUAUCCAUGGUAUCAAGCAAGUUGCUUGUUGCUGCAAAAUCUGUUGCAGCUGAUCCUGGUGCACCUAAUGCUAAAAAUCAACUUGCUGCUGCUGCUAGGUCUGUGACAGAAAGUAUUAACAAUCUAAUUAAUGUCUGCACAUCAGCAACACCUGGUCAAAAGGAAUGUGAUAAUGCCAUUAGAAAUAUUCAGAGUAUGAGACCCUUGUUAGAUAACCCAGUUGAACCAGUCAGUGAUUUAAGUUACUAUGAAUGCCUGGAUGCUGUUACAGAGAAAUCAAAGAAUUUAGGAGUUGCUAUGACUGGAAUAGCUAAUUAUGCUAAGGUAAAUGACCAAGAGAAUUUUGGAUCAUCUGUUAAUGAUGUCUCUAAUGCAGUGUGUGGUCUUGUUGAAGCAGCUGCACAAUCUGCUUAUUUAGUUGGUGUAUCUGAUCCCUCCAGUGUGGCAGGUCGACAAGGACUUGUUGAUGUUAAUCAAUUUGCUCGAGCCAAUCAAGCGAUUCAAACAGCUUGUCAGCAACUCACUAGCUCUGCUAGCAAGAAACAGCAGGUAUUGGCUGCAGCUACAGUGAUUGCACAACACACAUCAGCUUUAUGCAAUUCUUGCAGGAUAGCUUCAUCAAAAACUUCCAAUCCAGUUGCUAAAAGACAUUUUGUACAGUCUGCAAAAGAUGUAGCAAAUGCUACUGCCAAUUUAGUGAAAGAAAUUAAAGCUUUAGACCAAGAUCCAUCUGAGAGGAAUCGUCAGAAUACAUCAGCUGCCAUCAAGCCAUUGGUUGAAGCUGUUGAAAAUCUUACAACAUUUGCAAGCUCCCCUGAAUUUGCAAGUGUUCCAGCUAAAAUUAGCGCAAAGGCUAGGAUUUCACAGGAACCAAUAACUUCAGCUGGUAAGAGCAUAAUUGAUGGCUCAUGCAAUAUGAUAAUGUCUGCUAAAUCAUUAGUUGUUAACCCUAAAGAUCCUCCAACUUGGCAAACUUUGGCAAAUAACAGCAAAAAUGUUUCCGAUUCUAUCAAGAAACUUGUUGCAUCAAUUAAAGAUAAGGCUCCUGGUCAAAAAGAAUGUGAUGCGGCCAUUGAAAAACUCAGUACUUGUAUUCGAGAACUUGACCGUGCUUCUCUCAGUAUUAUAAGUCAAAACUUGGUACCAAGAAAUGAUUACACUCUCAAGGGUUAUCAAGAGCAGAUGGAAACAUCUGCCUCUGAAAUAAUGGAUAGAAUAGACGGAGUAAGAAAUGCUGCCAAAGGAGAAGCAGAAAAACUUGGUCAUUUGGUUACUCAAAUGACAUCAUUCUUUGAGCCAUUAUGCCAAAGUGCCAUUGGAAGUGCAUCAAAGACACUCAACUCAAAACAGCAAAUGGCUUUGUUGGAUCAAACAAAAACUGUUGCAGAAUCUGCUUUGCAACUUAUUUAUGCUUCAAAAGAGGCAGGGGGUAAUCCAAAAGCUACUCAUAUUUACUGUGAAUUAGAUGAAGCAGCUGAAGGAAUGAAAGAUGCUCUGCAUGACUUAUUGCAAACCCUUGAAUCUGCAGCCACAGAAGCUGGUGUUGUUACUGGACUAGUAGAUACAAUAAAUAAAUCAAUUGUUAAGGUUGAUGAACAUCAAGGGAAUGAUAUUUCUGAAAGCUCCUUUGUAGAUUUCCAAACAAGGAUGGUCACUAAUUCGAAAGAAAUUGCUAGAAUUGCUCAAGAUAUGAUUGUAAAAUCAACCACUGAUGCAGCACAAUUGGGACCUCUUGCAGCCAAAUUAGCUCAUCUCUUUGCCAAUGUUGCAAGCGAUACUCGUGGUGCAGUAUCCUCCACAUCUAAUCUUGAUGUUGCCAACAGAAUCAAGAGUAGUGUUCAAGAUUUGGGUUCAGCUUGUAUUGAUCUAACAAAAGCUGCUGGCUCUUGUCAGAGUAAUCCAACUGACACCUACAGUCAGAGAGAUGUUGCCGAUAAUGCUCGAACUGUAACAGAAAAAGUGUCAUUUGUCCUUGCUGCACUGCAAGCAGGAUCAAGAGGUACUCAAGCUUGUAUAAAUGCUGCUAGCACUGUCAGUGGAAUAAUUGGAGACCUUGAUACCACUAUAAUGUUUGCUACGGCUGGAACAUUACAUGCAGAAAAUGAAAAAGAAACAUUCUCUGAUCAUAGGGAAAAUAUUUUGAAGACCGCCAAAGCUCUUGUGGAAGACACAAAAACAUUAGUAGCAGGAGCUGCUUCAAGCCAGGAGCAGCUUGCUGUAGCUGCACAAAAUGCAGUCACAACAAUCAUACAACUGGCUGAAGUGGUAAAAUUGGGUGCUGCAUCUCUUGGUUCUAAUAAUUCUGAUGCCCAGGUUCUAUUAAUAAAUGCUGUGAAAGAUGUGGCUACAGCUUUAGGAGAUCUUGUACAAGCCACAAAAGCAGCAUCUGGGAAGAGUAUCCAUGAUCCAGCAAUGAUCCACCUUAGAGACUCAGCGAAGGUAAUGGUAACCAAUGUGACAUCUCUAUUGAAGACUGUGAAAUCUGUGGAGGAUGAACAUUCUCGGGGUACUAGAGCUUUAGAAUCUACAAUUGAGGCCAUUGCUCAAGAAAUAAGAGCUUAUGACUCUCCAGAGCCACCAAUGCGUUCUGCAACUGCUGAAGAUUUAGUGAGAGCCACUAAGCCAGUUACUCUGGCCACUGCAAAGGCUGUAGCUGCUGGAAAAAGCUGCAAACAAGAGGACAUUAUUGUAGCAGCCAACAUGGGAAGGAAGGCCAUUUUUGAUUUACUUAUGGUUUCAAAGGCUGCAGCAUAUACAUCUGAAACUCAAAAACUAAAACAUGAGAUAUUAGCAUCUGGUCAUAAUACCGCUGUGCAUUUUCGUGAGCUUCUACAAAUGGUUCAUCAGGUAGUACAGAAGCCGACACAUGAAAACAAACAGCAGCUGAGUACCAUAUCAAGGACUAUUGCACAGUCUGUUCAAGAAUUGGCAUCAUGCGCUGAGAGUCUCAAAGGUGCUGAUUGGGAAGAUCCAGAUGAUCCAAUGAUCAUUGCAGAAAAUGAGCUCCUUGGUGCUGCAAAUUCUAUUGAUGCAGCAGCUAAAAAAUUAGCCAACCUGAAACCACGUAUCAGUAAACAACAUGAAGCAGAUGAAUCUCUGAACUUUGAUGAGAUGAUUUUAGAAGCUGCCAAAUCUAUUGCUGCUGCAACAUCUGCUUUGGUUAAGGCUGCAUCGGCAGCUCAGCGGGAGCUUGUUGCAGCUGGAAAAGUUAGUUCUCAUACCGUGUGUACAACAGAUGAUGGUCAGUGGUCCGAAGGUUUAAUAUCUGCUGCCAAACUUGUUGCUGCAGCUACUCACAGUCUUGUCGAAGCUGCCAACUCUUUAGUACAGGGUCAUGCAUCUGAAGAAAAACUCAUCUCAUCUGCCAAACAAGUGGCCAGUUCCACAGCUCAGCUGUUAGUGGCUUGUAAAGUAAAAGCUGAUCCUGAUUCUCAGUCCAUGCAUCGUCUACAGCAAGCUGGAAAUGCUGUGAAACGAGCAACAGACAAUUUGGUUCGUGCUGCCCAGCAAGCCAUUGAACAUGAUGAAGAGCGAAGUCUGGUUAUAAAUAAACGAAUGGUGGGAGGCAUCGCUCAGGAAAUUGUUGCACGAGAAGAGAUCCUAAGGAAAGAGCGAGAACUCGAGGAAGCUCGAGUGAAACUAGCUGCUCUGAGGAAAGCCAAAUAUGGAAAUAGAUCUCCUGAUGAGUACCAGGGAUAUGGUUCUCAAUGAGUGCUUCCCAAAUUUUUUGUAUAGCAAUGACUUUUUCAGAACAUAUUGCUUCAAAAAAGAACACCUGCUUCCUCUUAAAAUUAUUGUCUUUAAAAGAAAGAAAACCAUUUGCCUUACCAGAGACUGUUAUAUUUUAGCAAGGCUCUAUCUUUUGUACAAAAUUUGCAUAUAAAUCAGAUGACUGGUUGAAAUGGAUAAUCUGAAAGAAUUAUUAUAAAUAUUUUAAAUAUAUAUAUAUUAUAAAUUAAUAAUAAUAUGCACAUGUAUAGUGUUUUUAAAUUGAUGUAAAUUCUUGUUGAAGUGUAUUGUGAACUGAUUGUUCAGAAUAGAAAAGUGCACUUGUUAAGUAUAUAUGCCUUGUUAUUAUAUUCACUACAUCACCAGUGAUAAGUUUGUAUAUUAAUCAUAUCAAAUAGUUAUGGCUUUUUUAUAUGUAAAGCCAUAAUGUUUCUCUCAUUAUGACCUGGUUUGUAAUAUUCUCUGAAAAAAUAGGGCGGUUUUAUUUUGUCUACACAUUUUUUAAAGCAGUUCUUGUAUUUUCUUUUAAGGUUAAAUAAAUCUGUGUUUAAAAAAAUAUUUAUUGUAAAAAUGUAAGUAUUUGUGAUUAAUUUUGCUGUUGAUUGAUUUACGGAUAUAUUAAAUUGCAAAUUUUUGCAGAUCAGCUUAUUUUGUGGAAAUUAUCUUUUUUUAAAUAAUAUUGCAUUGUUUUUGAUGGAAAUUGAAGAUGAAUGUCUCAAAGCAAUAUUCUGUGUGUAAUGGGUUUUUUUUUUUCCUGCCUUUUGCCUGAAGUUUUUAAAUUGUACUAUUCACUUAUCAGUUUUGUACUUAAAUUUGCUUUGUAAACGAUUUUUAUCCUUAACGAAUUCUAUAAUUUAAUUUUCGUCCAUUUUAAUCUAUUUUCAUUACAUUGAAAACCAGGUAUAUAUGAAAUUAAAUUAAUUUUUCAAACAGUAAUAUUUUACUAGUCGGAUUAUAAGCAAAUGACCCCACUGGUGUUUCUAUGUGGAAAUAUUUUAAUAUCUUGGUGCUAUAUUAUAAGUCUCACAAUAUUUUCCUUAUUAUUUUUAUUCACAAUUUUUCAGGGAGUGAUUUUGUAAUGAAGGAAUUUUGCAUAUUUCAAAUAUAUUUCUAACAGUUAUAUUCUUCUUCAGGUAUGCAAUGCCUGAUGUUGUGCUUUUAUACUAACUCAAUCUUAAAAUGGUGUGCUUUUAUUACACAUAGUUUUGAUUCUUGUAAUAUGUACUAUUCAUAUGUUCAUAGCUAGUCUUGAGUGCAUAAUACCGUUUGUCUCUUGAGUUUUAGAUAUUUAUUUUGUUCUCCCUGGAUUUUAGAAACAUGUAUUUUCAAAAUUUUCAUUUUUAAGAAGUUGCUGUGCCUUUAAUAAAAUGCUAUUUGCUAAUAUUUAAUGCAAUUUUUAAAUUUCAGAAUAUUCUUCACAAAACUCAUAUUUUUCUACCAGUUGUCUCUGUUUGCUUAAAUGUUUAUACAUUCCUUGGUUUUUGUUUUGUUUUAUUUUAUUUUAAGAUUUUUAUAAAACAAAUAGUAUCUUUUAUAUAUAUAAAUAAGGACAGUUCUUCAUUAAAAUAAUAAAAAAUAAAUAUCAUUGGUGACUUUAUUUAGAGGUUGUACUUAUACAUAAAAUUGAUAUAUUUAGAAAAAAGAAAAAAUCCCUUUUUUUUUUUUUUUUUUUUUUUAGAAAAAAAAAAUUAUGAAAUAUCUCAAUAUUUUUAGAAUAUCCAGAAACAUUCAGUAUUAAGAUUUUAAAAAUAUAUGUAUUAAUUUCAAAAAUAAUUUACUUCUAUUUUGUAACUUUUUUGCUUUAACUUAAAUGUAGAAUAUAUUGAUCUGAACAAAUCAUGUUUAAAAGUUAUUUUAAAAAGAAAAAUCAGAUGGUUUGAUUAUUUUAAAGUUAAACUGUUGUUCUGGAAUAAUAAGUUAGAAAUAAAAUCCAUAAUACCUGUUAUGGUUAUUUUAUAGUUAAUUCAUAUGUCUGUUACAGAAAAUGCUGAAACAUUGUAUUAUGUAGUUUUACCUUUUUUUCAGUGAUUUUUUUCUCAUUUUAUGAGGAAGCAACAUAUUUUAAUAUAUAUCUGUCAAUACAGCAUUUUAUUAUAAAUGCUACUAUAAGCUGUUAAUUAAUUUACCUGUGUCAGUAUUGCAUAUUUAAACAAAAAAUGUUGAACUUCAUGAAAUGAACUGUCAAAGGUUACUAAAAAGUCAAGUGCCAAUAUUUAAAAUAUGCAAUUUUUACUAAUAGGUAAAACUUAAUUUUGAAGAAUGUGGAAUUUUUUUUUAAAAAAAAUUAUGGUAGCAAUAUCAUUGUGUUCAAGCGCAUUUGCUUCAAGUUCUUAUUUUGUGGAAUAUUUUAAAUGAAGGAAAAUACUUCUAUCAAGUGCAUUUAUAUCUUUUUGUGAAAAGUUGAUUUAUUUUAAAUGUCAUAUCAUUUUUACUAUCUCUUCAUACAAUGUGUUUAGUGAUGCAUUAAGUGCCAUGUUCCAUAUCUUUAUUUUCAUAUCUAAAUAUUUUAUGUUAAUUGAAUUUUGAUCUCUUUAAUUUUGUGGAGUUAAAAAGUAAUUUGAUCUCUUACUAUUUUUUUUUUUUUCAAUCUGAAUUCAAGAGAUACAUUUAGUGACAAAACUAGUUGUCAGCUGAUUUUUAUAAAUUGUGAUUGUCUUGAAAUUUGUAACUAAUUUCGUGUUGUGCAAUAUAUUUUUUCUGAUAAAAGUAAAGCAUUCAUGCCCUGCUGUUUCGUCCAAAAUAGUAAAACCACAAUGUGAAUAUGUAACAGGUUUUUGAGAGUUAUUCUAUAUAUAGUUACAAAUGUUUUUACAUGACAUGACUAUUGAAUAAAAUGCUGCACAAUAUUGCACAAUAUGCUCUUAACUUUAUUGAAAAAUUAUUCUAUUCUUUUAACUAAAAUCAAUGUAAAAUAAAAAUUAAUUCUCAGAAAAAAACAUCAUUUUCAUUUAUUUAAUUUCCGAUGAGUUUCAAUUGUGUAAAACCCUUCCCCUUUUCUGUAAAAUGUAUUAACCAACACCUGAAGAUAUAUGCCUAUAUAGACCGACUUUUAGCCGAAUAGUCAUACUUCAGAAUUGUUUGUCAAAUUUACUCAUGAAAAAUGCAGUAAAAAAAUAUGUCUACAUUGGUGGAGUGCUUAAGAAUAAAAUGAUUUGUUUCUUUCCAA